AUGGUCCUGCUCAAGCUCUCUCUCAUGGCCUUCAGCUUCGUCUUCUGGGCGGCGGGGCUGACCAUGCUCACCCUGGGCAUCUGGGCCAAGAUCUCGCUGGGCAGCUACCUGGUGCUGUCCGCCAAUCAGUACCCCAACACCGCCUUCAUCCUGCUGGCCGCGGGUGCCGCCGUCCUGGUCUGGGGCUUCCUGGGCUGCUUCAGCGCCGCCACCGAGCACCGCUGCCUCCUGCGCACUUACGCGGCCUUCCAGCUGGCAGUGCUGGCGGCCGGGCUGGCAGCGGGGCUCUCGGCCUUGUUCUACCGCAGGGCCAUAGCCGAGGGCUUCCGGGCCGGGCUGCGGGAGGCGGUGCGCGCCUACGGCGAGGACGAGCAGAAGGCGGACGCCCUGGACUCCCUGCAGCGCGCCCUGGACUGCUGCGGGGCCGAGAGCUACCGCGACUGGCUCGCCUCGCCCUGGUCCCUGGCGCAGCCGGCGCGCAACGGCUCGGUGCCGGGCAGCUGCUGCCUGGCGCGCCGGGGCUGCCAACACAGCCCGCUGCCGCCCGAAGCCCGCGGCAUCCACCGCGACGGCUGCUUCGCCAAGGUCUCCGGCUUCGUCAGCGACAACCUCUUCUACAUCGCCACGGCCGCGCUGGGGCUGGCGCUGCUGCAGGGCGUGGGCAUCGUGCUGGCCUGCCUGCUGGCCGCCCGCCUGCGCCCCGCGCCCGCGCUGAGCAACGCCCUUCCACCUGUGCCGUGCGCGGUUCCAGCGCUCCGCCCUGAUCAGCCCGCCCCGCAGAAGCCCGGCGGGGUUCCCCCACGCCCCGCCCCCGACAGCAGCAGCCCGGCUGGGAGGUUCCCAGUGCCCGGCCCGGGGUGUUCCCAGCGCCCGGCCCCGCCCGCAGCGCUCGGUCGGGGGGCUCCCAGCGCCCAGUUCCGAUAG